GCAUGACCUUUGUGGGUAUACUAGCACAAGACUUGUCGCCCUACCGCUUUAUCCCGACCAAUAGCUUUUUCUUAUCACAUUGGUGGCAGCAUGCAUUGACUUUGUUAUCUUUAGGGUGGGUGGAGUUGGUCACGCCUCAUGUUGCGUUUUCGCGCUUUCAAAUAGAGACAUGGCUUUAUCUAAACAGUUAGAUCGCGCUUAUACUGCCAGUCCUUGUCUUAAUAUCGCCGAAUGAGCCCGCUUAAGUAAGACUGUUCAUUAUUUUAGAUUUCAGAUACUACUUUCAGCGUGAAGAACAUUUUUCUAUCCGAAGAAAACAUCCUGGUCGAAUCAAGAUGAAGGUGUAUGAGCACUAGGUCUAUCUAAAAUACAGAAACGGGUUAGCACGAAUAAAAUCUUGCCGCAAGCUUCGACUUUAUGCCGGCUUUUAUGUGCUGACAAUUCAUCAAUAUGGAGUUAGCAUUUUGCCACCGAAAGAAGCGUCCCAUUACGC